AUGUCCAUUUUUUAUUGUUAUUUGUAAUGAACAUGUUUAAGUAAUGUUUUGUCGUGAUGCUGUAUCGCUUAAAGGUGGCAUGUGUUGUAUUUAAACCGCUUGACGGCCGAGAGUUUGUCGACUUUUAGCUAGCAGCGAGAGUUUUGUCAUUGGCAGGUAAUUAAGAUGUGAAGCCUUAAUGAAGAAAAGGAUGACGAAAGCAGGAGACAUUCGACCGUGAGCGCUGCUUGUAGAGCUGCCUGACUUUAGCUACUCCGUCUGCUAGCUAACACUCGCUGUGUGAUUUGAUCCGAUUAUGUAAGCUAACUUUAGCUAGCAGUAGCUUCUCAGUUGUUCAUUAACUGAACGUUACAUCAGCCUUCUUUCAUCACAAGGUUUGCAUAAAGUUCGCCUUCGGGUCUUUCUGCCAGAAAAAAUGUUUAGGCCAAAGAACUAACGCUACUUUGUUAGGUUUAGUAGUUUAGUCAAAGAUUAAACCACCUUCAAGUGUCAGCAGGUGCUAAGUUUCAUUUCGAGGACACACUGUGAAAACGAUGUGCUAACACAACAUUCAAUAAAGACGCUGUUUGCUUUUGAGAGAAGCCGCACGUCGCCGCGUCCUUGUGCUUCUCGCUGUAAACAGUGAAUUCUGAGGCCUGCAGAAUGGCUCAGGCCGACAAGGUGCUGGUCCUGGGAGCGUUGGCUGGAGUCGGCAUCGGUUUGGCCGUGGCGUUUUACCAGGGCUUUAGGUCGAGGCGAAGAGGCUCGGGGCCGUGGGACUACCUCAACCCCGCUAAUGCACAGGCCGCCGGUGUGAUGAUGGCGAAUGGCCCAGGUCUGCCCGGGGGUCAGGCCGAGGUGCUGCAGCGCCUCGAGGCCCUCCUCCAGUGUGUGUCCGAGCUGAAGGAUGAGAUGAAGUCGCUGAAGAACGCCCUGCCGACGCUGCAGGAGCACGUCAGGGAGGAGCUGAGGGGACGCGACGAGGCGCGCCGAGCCAGCCCCCUCCACAGGACGACGCCAACGCGACGGAAAAGGGCUGCCGGCGCCAUCGCCGCGGCCAGAGCCGGCGCGCGAAGCUCAGAGGAAGCAGAGAGUGAGGGAGGGUACAUGACCGCGCUGACGGACUCUGAGGAAGAAGAGCAAAGCGAUGCGGAGGAGGAGGACGAGGACGAAGAACAACAACCUGCGAACAAGCUGUGUGUCCUCCUCGAGAGGAUUGACAGGCUGCACCAGGGCUCCGAUUCGGACAAACGGGAAUGUCUGGACCUCCUCCUGGAGCAGAGAGCGGAGUUUGGACAGAACUCCACGUUUCUUUGGCGGCUAAUCCGGGCUUACUGUGACGUUCACGACAUCAGCGCCACGCUGGAGGAGAAGAAGACCACGGCGGAAACUGGGAAGAAGGUUGGCGAGGAGGUGGUGGGCCUGGACCCUGCGUGUGCCGAAAGCCAUCAGUGGUACGCCAUCAUGUGUGGAAUAAUGGCAGAUUAUGAAACGGUGCAGAACAAGAUAAAGAACGGAUACAUCUUCAAGGAUCAUCUGGAUAAAGCCAUCGAGCUGAAGCCUCAGGACCCCAUGUCCUACUACCUGCUGGGCCGCUGGUGCUACGCUGUGGCUCAGUUGUCGUGGAUUGAGAGGAAAGUCGCUGCAACUUUAUUUGGAGAGCCUCCGAGUGCAACAGUCCAAGACGCACUGAGUCAUUUCCUGAAGGUUGAGGAGAUCCAGCCGGGAUAUUCCAAAAACAACUAUGUUUUUCUAGCUAAGUGCUACAAAGAUCUGGGCCGCAGGGAAAAGGCUCGGAAGAUGUGUGAAGCCGCUUCCUCGAUGAACACUGUGACCAAAGAGGAUGAAGAGGCACAGAAGGAGCUGGAACUACUCUGCCCAGCGCUUGGAGUGUGAGUGUGUGUGUGUGCGUGUGUGUGAGAGAGUGUGUGGAUACAAUCUAUAUUGAGAGGCCACCACGUUAAUUCACUCUAUGAGUGGGGGAGGUGUGCUGGGACACUAUUAUCAAUCAGAACCGUCCCUGAAUCUGAUUUGUAUUGUAAUUACGUUUUCUUGUGAGUUGUGGGAAAGAAAUAAUUCACACCUGGUUGUACCAAAUGGGUGAGACCAUUUGUUUUCACAUGUUUUUGUGUCCGUGAAGUGGCUAUAUAACUUAAACCAAUAGUAAUUGUAUUCAGUGUGAUUGUUAGUCUACAUGUGUAUAUUGCCAGUCGAUGUGUGUGAGCUGUGGCUCUGAUGGUGAAAGUGUCUCCAGUGGGUCUCAAGGAUACUAGAUGUCCUCUACAACAAAGCCCUGUCACGUUCUGUGAAUUGAGCCACGGGACCUGCUGCUCCAUCCUGUGUUUUUUUGAGUGCAAAUAAUAAAAAAGCACAUCAGACGACGGCGGAGCGGGGCGACAACUGGACGACCCCCCGCUCACUUCACCCUGCCUUCUCUCAGACUUUGGCACCUGUCCAUUGAGGACAUUCACUAUUUACAUCCGCUGCAGUUCAGCUCCCGUGACAGGAACGUCUGUGUAGACGGACGGCGGUAAAUGAUGCAGCAUGCAGACGAGGUACAGUCUUCCACCCUGUCCUGACGCUUUUUGAUACGGAUCUGUCAACUGGUUUUACCUGGAACUCUCUGACAAAAAGACAAUAUAUCAGACUUUAAGGAACUUUACAUUUGUCCCUUGAUAAUCAUGUUGAGAAUUCAAUUCAUAAUUCAAAGAUGUAUUUGAAACUCAUACUGAGAGGUAAUAUGAAGCAACUGCACACGUGUUUUGGGGCAGAUCCCCUUUUUAAUUCAGAGUUACUGGAACCUUUCAGGGAUGUUUCUAUUGUUGUCCUGGGAAUUACUGAACCUGUUGAUUUCCAAAGUCGUCCUUUGAAAAAAUUGGUCUUAUGUAUGUUUUUUUCCAGUGUAACUCAUCAUUUUUAUCAGGGCAUCUGUUUCAUUGUAAAGUUCUCUAACGCUGCAGAAGCGGAGAGGUCCUCAGGCUGGCAAGACCCCCACGUGGUGUAAAUGUGCAGAAGUCAGAAGAACAAGAAAUGCUUUAAUGUUUAUAGAAGGCGGCGAUUAACCUAGAAUAUGUCGUGUGCUGAAGCUAAUUAUACUGCUUACGGUUCAGUGAAGGGGUUUGGUCCGGUUUUACAGUGUGAUCCACUAAGGCCACUACGUGUCAUCCACCAAGUGACCAAACAUGAUGACCAGGCUUCAUCAGCACACGGAAGAACAAAUUACAUGUAUUUUUUUAAUAAGUGACCUCGUGGUGAGCAAGUUGAGGGAGUUUUCAAUGGGAAGUGGUGGCUAAGUUUAGGGUUUUAUCAUCUUUCUGUAACUGAAAUGUUGGACCAAUGGAUCAAGAAGGGUCAUGUGACUACAAUAGGGCCUGAUCUGAGCAGAUGUAAUGUCAAAUGUUUUACUUUUUAACUGUCUUAUGCAUUUUUUAUGAAGUUUCACUUGAUAAGGUGAUAAGAUUGAUGUAUUUUAGAGAUUAAUUAUUGAGUGAAAGCAUGAGGGUUAGUUUUGUUUACUUUUUUGUUUUGUUUUGGGGUCGGAUUUAGAGUGGGAUUCAUUUUUAAUGUUUGUUUUUUGGGUGUAAUUGAAUCAAAAUAGAAAUGACAGAUUCCAUUUGUCACUACAGACGUUUGUACCGGCACUACGAAUGUAUCUGAUUUUCUUUAAAGGCCAGAAUAUACACAAUAUUCCUCAAAGCUCGACAGAGAAUAUACUGUACAAUGUCGUAGGCUGAAUAAUUAAUGCUACAAUAGUCAUAAUAAAGUCUGUGAAAUCCCAAA